AUGGGCAAGAUCCGCGUCGGCAUCGUCGGCCUGUCCAGCAAGCCCGGUGCCUGGGCGGCCCUGGCGCAUCUUCCGCGACUGGCGUCGUCGCCCAACUUUGAGAUUGUCGCCAUGUGCAAUUCGACCCUCGAGUCGACCAAGGCGGCCAUCAAAGCACACAACCUCCCGGACUCGGUCAGGCCGUAUGACUCGUACGACGGCAUCGCCGCGGACCCGGACGUCGACCUCUUUGUCGUCUCGACCCGUGUCGACAGCCACUACGACGUGGUCGUCCCGGCGUUGAAAGCGCACCGAAACGUCUUUGUCGAGUGGCCACUCGCGACGACGACAGACGAGGCAAAGAAGAUGGCCGCGCUCGCGAGAGAAGCCGGCGUGCGGACCAUGAUCGGGUUCCAGGCCCGCGCGUCGCCUUCGAUCCGCAAGAUCAAGGAGCUCGUCGACACGGGCAGCCUGGGCGAGAUCCACAGCGUGCAUUACCACGGCGUCAUCAACAACUGGCACGACAACGCCGCCGACGAGCGGUACGCGCACUUCCUGCAGCGGAAAGUCGGCGCGAACCCUCUCACCAUCUACGGCGGGCACGCGCUCGACUCGAUCUUCUUCGCCGUCGGGGAACUCAAGCCGGGCACCUACCGACCCCUGGCCGUCAACCUGCGGCCGAAGAUGCCCAUCCAACGCGCCGACGGGACGAUAUCGCCCGACGUCUUCGACAAAGACACCCCCGACCAGAUCUGCCUGCAGGGCCAGCUGGCGCGCGACCCGCCCGCCGUGCUGAGCUUCCACCUGCGCGGGGGCGCGCGGUUCCCCUCCUCGCCCGGCUCGACGUGGGAGAUCUACGGCACCACGGGCGUGCUGGUCGUCACGUUCGCCAGCGCGGGGCCCCAAAUGGCCAAAGCCACGAGCAUGCGCCUGUACCGCACCGAGUCCAAAACCGUCGAGGAGAUCGCGGUCGACGAGGGCGGCGACGAGUGGACCGCCCUGCCCAACCAGGGCCAGAACAUCGGGAGGCUCUACGAGGCGUAUGCCCUAGGUGAGGGGUACGGGGAUUUCGAGCUGGCCGUAAAGAGACACGAGUUGUUGGAUGAGUUUUGGGCGUCGAUGGACGGUGUGCAGGGGGGUUCUUUGUGA